AUGAGAAUCCUUGUUUCUCAUGAAGGUGCAGAGAGAAGAAUAGCUUUGGUUUCUGACUCUUAUGCAUUGGUUUUUAAAACGGUUUCGAAUGCACAGUCAUUGAAGCCAUUAUGUGCCAUUGAAUUGGUGGAAAAACAUCAACUAAAGAAUGAAGGCUUUAAAAGACUCUCAAUUCAUGAUGUAUAUGGGUUCAUUGGUCUUAUAGACCUGCAGGGGCUGGUAUUUAUUGCUGCAAUUACUGGAAAAUCCAAAGCAGCUUCACCAAUACCGAAUGAGACUGUGAAUAAAAUAUUUGCGGUCGAUUUCUUCUGUUUGAAUGAUUCUCGCUGGGAUUUUCUUGAGAUUGAUUCCUCUGGUAGACCAAUAGUUAUUGGAUCCGAUGAGAGUGAAGAAGCAAGAUCAAUUUUGAAACAUCCUUGCCAGGACUUAAGAAAAUUGUUAUCUAACGGUUCGUUCUACUAUAGUUCUGAUUUUGAUCUGACAUCGACUCUGCAGAAGCGUGGGCUAAAUAAUUAUUCUUUAAGUACGGACAGUUUUGAGGAUGAAUAUAUGUGGAAUUACUUCUUAAUGAAGGAAAUUAUAGAGUAUAGAGACAGGAUUGAUGAAAAGACAAAACACAUUUUGGAUGAAGAAGGCUUUUUAAUCACAGUUAUUAGGGGGUUUGCAGAAACCUUUAUAACGUAUGUUAAAAGACUGAAAGUUGCCCUUACAGUGAUCUCAAAACAAAGCUGGAAGAGAGCUGGAACAAGAUUUAAUGCAAGAGGUAUCGACGAUGAAGGUUAUGUUGCAAAUUUCGUGGAAACAGAAAUAAUAAUGUACUCUUCUGAAUAUUGUUACGCUCUAACUCAAAUAAGAGGUAGUGUGCCUGUAUUUUGGGAACAAGACGCCUCACUCAUGAAUCCGAAAAUUCAAAUAACGAGGUCUCUAGAAGCUACGCAACCUGUAUUUGACAAACACUUCCAGAGGUUGAUUGAAAAUUAUGGGCCAAUCAAUAUUAUUAAUUUAUUGUCAAAAAAACCAAACGAGAUCGAAUUAUCCAAACGGUACAGGAGCCAUCUCUACAAGUCAGAAACUUUGGAAAUGUCCAACGAUGUAUUUUACACCGAAUUCGAUUUUAAUAAAGAAACGUCACAGGAGGGAUUCUCUGCUGCUAAAAAGUUGUUGCCUAAGAUAAUGGAUUCGUUAGUGGAAAUUGGCUACUUCUCAUAUGACGUCAAGGAAAAAAAAACAAUAUCCAUGCAGAAAGGUGUUUUUAGAGUAAACUGUUUAGACUGUCUAGAUAGAACAAACUUAGCUCAACAGCUUCUUUCAUUGUCUGCACUUCAAAUGUUUUUAGAAGACUAUCAUCUUAUUAGGCCUAAUGAUUAUAUUGAUGAAAGUGAUUUUUCUAAUAAACAUAACACACUUUGGGCGGACCAUGGUGAUCAAAUAUCACAAAUAUACACGGGUACGAAUGCGCUAAAAUCAUCAUUUUCCAGAAAGGGUAAAAUGUCACUUGCUGGGGCCCUUUCAGAUGCUACAAAAUCGGUGAGCAGGAGAUAUAUCAAUAAUUUCAUGGACAAAGGAAAACAACAAAAUAUUGAUACCUUGCUGGGUAGGUUACCUCAUCAAGAAGCCGUACAAUUGUACGAUCCAGAAACCGAAUAUGUUCAAUCAAAGCUUCAUGACCUUGAAAACAAGUUUACAAGCAAAUCCAACAUGAAUCUUUUUAUAGGUACAUUCAAUAUUAACGGUAUGUCUACAUCUAGUGAUCUUUCUAAGUGGUUAUUUCCAAUCGGUGAAAGAUUCAAGCCUGAUGCUGUUAUUCUUGGCUUACAAGAGGUGAUAGAGUUGACCGCAGGAUCAAUUUUAAAUGCAGAUUAUAGCAAAAAAUCAUUCUGGGAGAAUACAGUUAAUGAUUGUUUGAAUCAAUACGGUGAAAAAUAUAUAUUGUUAAGAGUAGAACAAAUGUCUUCUCUAAUUAUUUUAUUGUUUGUCAGAUCCGACAAAUCAAAAUAUGUGAAGAGGGUAGAGGGCUCUACCAAGAAAACCGGAUUUGGUGGUAUAGCUGGGAAUAAAGGCGCUGUUGCCAUUCGAUUUGAGUAUGAAGGAACUUCUUUCUGUUUUGUUAAUUCUCACUUUUCUGCGGGUGUCAAUAACGUUGAAGAAAGAACAAAUGAUUAUAAUACAAUCAAUAAAAGUAUAACAUUUUCUGGUUCAAAAAGGAUCUAUCAUCAUGACUCCAUAUUUUGGCUAGGCGAUUUGAAUUUCAGAAUAAACCUAGAUAACGAAGCUGUAAAAAGGCAGCUGUAUGAGAAAAAGGAAGGUUAUAUAGAAAACUUGCUGCAGUACGAUCAGUUGAUUCAAGAAAUUAGUGAAGGUAGAAUUUUCCAAGGAUUUAACGAGCCAGAAAUUAAGUUUCACCCAACAUAUAAGUUUGAUCUAGGGACAGAUCGUUAUGAUUCUUCAGAAAAGGCAAGGACUCCCUCUUGGACAGAUCGUAUUGUGUACAAAGGUCAAAAUGUGUAUGCAUUAGCAUAUUCAGAUGCUCCGUUGACGCUUAGCGAUCAUAAACCUGUAUACGCAGCCUACAAAGCCGAUGUGGUAUCUAUUGAUGAAGCUAAAAAAGAGGAGCUUACAAAACAAUUGUAUGCAGAAGUAAGAGGUAAAUAUCUCAAAGCAGGACCUCCUGAUGCCACUGCAAGAAGUAAAUUCAACAUUGAAAAGGACGUUACGAACCGUCCACCAAUAUCUCCCCUUUCAUUGCCCUCAAAUAGGAUAAAAAAUCUGCAACAAGAGAGUGUCAGAAGCGUACCACCUCUUCCAUCAAGAUCUUCAUUAUCAAUUAAUUCCUUAGGAAGAGAAAAUAUCGAGAGUAAGCGUCUAGCUGUUGCACCCCCACCACCUCCUUCCAGGGGACCAAGUGUUAUUAUACAGGACGGUGACAGUAUACCUGAUUUGAUCGAUCUAAAUAGUUCGUCUUCUUCCAUAUCAUCCCGUCCGACACCACCUCCAUCAAGAUCGAGCAAAUUGCAUGAGGAGAAUGCCAGUAGUAGCAGACAAGGUCAAGAACAGAAGAUGAAAUCUCCCCCACCUGUAAAGCCAAGAGUUCAGGUUUGUGAGUCGAAACCAAAGGAGGAAGAAAGUAUGAAUGCAUCUGGAGAGCAUGUUUUGCCAUCAAAAAUUUCCAGUGGGACUAAUACACCCAAAAAAAUAGAAAAUGUAAUAGAGAGUAAUGGUGAAGCGAUCUCAAUUGAAACGUUACAAGAAUCAAGAAAAGUACCUCUGCCUCCAAUGAAGCCAAAAAAAUUAGCUGAUAUUAAGACUGAAAAGGUAUCUGAAAACCUAGAAAAUAGAAGAAAUGCACAGUCAUCAACUUCUUUGUUAGAAUCAACUGAUAAUGCUAACAUACAAGCUAAUAUUGAUGUCGAAAUGUCGAAGAAAAUUUCAUCAAAGAGUGAAACACCAAACCCUACUGUAAGUCAGCAGAAGAAGCAUGUUCCUCCUGUAGUACCUAAAAAGAAACCCGAACUUUCAUCUAUAAAGAAACAACCACCAACUAUACCACCUAGGAACCCCAACUUAACUAAAUAA